AUGCCAGGCUCGAUGGGAAGUGAGGAGUUCAACGAUGAAGAUGCCUUCAUCGUAGAAAUCGACAGCAUUCAAGCCCAUGGCAUCAAUGCAGCUGAUAUCACCAAGCUGAAAGCCAAUGGCUUCCACACCGUUGCCUCCGUCCACGGCGCAACCCGUAAAACCCUCCUCAAAAUCAAAGGCUUCAGCGAAGUCAAAGUCGAAAAAGUAAAAGAAGCAAUCCAGAAAUGCCUCCCAUCAGCGACAGGCUUCAUCACCGCCAUGGAACUCCACCACCAACGCAAAAAAGUAGUCCGCAUCUCUACAGGAAGUAAACAGUUCGACUCAAUUCUCAACGGCGGCUUCCAAAGCAUGUCCAUAAGCGAAGUCUACGGCGAAUUCCGCUGCGGCAAAACCCAACUCAGCCACACCAUGUCUGUGAUAGCCCAGCUACCCCGCGACCUCGGCGGCGCAGACAGUAAGGUAGCCUACAUCGACACAGAAGGAACUUUCCGCCCCGAGCGCAUCGCCCAGAUAGCAGAGCGAUUCGGCAUAGAUCCCGAUACCGCGCAGGAGAACAUUGCAUAUGCGCGCGCCCUCAACAGCGAGCACCAGCUCGAACUGCUGAACUCACUCAGUCGUGAGUUCGCUGGCGGCGAGUUCCGUUUGCUCAUUAUUGAUAGCAUUAUGAAUUGUUUUCGGGUGGAUUACAGUGGGCGUGGCGAGUUGGCGGAUCGGCAGCAAAAAUUGAAUCAGUUUCUUAUGAGGUUGGCGCAUAUGGCUGAAGGUGAGAUUUUGUUGUGUUUUGCUCUUGGGUUCAGGCUUUUGCUGAUUCGCGAAGAGUUCAAUGUUUGUGUCUUGAUAACAAAUCAGGUUCAGAGUGACCCUGGCGCUAGUGCGCUUUUUGCUGGUGCUGAUGGGCGCAAGCCUGUUGGUGGUCAUGUUCUUGCACAUGCCUCGACUACUCGUGUGCUGCUGAGGAAGGGCCGUGGUGAUGAGCGGGUUGCGAAGAUUCAGGAUUCGCCAGACUGUGCUGAGCGUGAGGCUAUCUAUGUCAUUACCAAUGGUGGUAUCAAUGAUCCUGACAAGGUUUGA